CGAAUUGCUUUUCCGCCAAGUCUGUGGAUCGCGGAACGGUUGGUAUGAUACUCCAACAAAUGGAAAAAAGGUGGAGCAUAACAUGGACGCGGUCUUUUCUGCUCUUUCUUCUUGGUUAUUCUUGAUAUGGUGCUUCAGUUUUUCGGGGGACGUUGGAAGUGUUUAUUUUGGACCAAAGCAUCCCAUGAAGCCACACCGUAUUUGUAUGACGCAUCACCUUGUUCUUUCUUAUGAUCUGCACAAGAAAAUGGAAAUCUAUAGGCCUCAUAAAGCAUAUCCUGUGGAGCUUGCUCAAUUUCAUUCAGCAGAUUAUGUUGAGUUUCUGCAUCGAAUAACACCAGACACCCAACAUUUAUUCAGAAAUGAAUUGGCAAAAUAUAAUCUCGGGGAGGACUGCCCUGUGUUCGACAACCUGUUUGAAUUUUGCCAAAUAUAUGCUGGUGGCACAAUAGAUGCUGCACGGAGGCUGAACAAUAAAUUAUGUGAUAUUGCUAUAAAUUGGUCUGGCGGACUACAUCAUGCUAAGAAGUGUGAAGCAUCUGGUUUUUGCUAUAUCAAUGACUUGGUGCUCGGGAUACUAGAGUUGCUGAAAUAUCAUGCCCGGGUUCUAUACAUUGAUAUUGAUGUACAUCAUGGUGACGGAGUUGAAGAAGCUUUCUAUUUUACAGAUAGGGUAAUGACAGUAAGCUUCCACAAAUAUGGUGAUUUGUUCUUUCCUGGAACAGGUGAUGUUAAGGAUAUAGGGGAAAGAGAGGGAACCUAUUAUGCCAUCAAUGUGCCCCUCAAAGAUGGAAUAGAUGAUUCUAGUUUUACUCGUCUUUUCAAGACGAUUAUUGCCAAGGUCGUGGAAACAUAUCAACCAGGGGUGAUAGUUCUCCAAUGUGGUGCUGAUUCACUUGCUGGGGACCGCUUAGGCUGCUUCAACCUCUCCAUUGAUGGUGCUAGUCUUCUAGCUAACCUUAUCCUUCUGCAUAUAGGCCACACAGAAUGUGUAAGGUUCGUGAAGAAAUUCAACUUGCCCCUACUGGUUACUGGAGGUGGAGGAUACACAAAGGAAAAUGUUGCACGAUGCUGGGCAGUGGAAACAGGAGUUCUCUUAGACACUGAACUCCCCAAUGAUAUUCCAGAUAAUGAGUACAUCAAAUAUUUUGGUCCAGACUACUUGUUGAAGAUCCAACACGGAAAUAUAGAAAACUUAAACAGUAAAUCAUACCUAAGCACCAUCAAAAUGCAAGUACUGGAAAAUUUGCGUUGCAUACAACAUGCUCCUGGAGUUCAGAUGCAAGAGGUGCCCCCUGAUUUUUAUAUCCCAGACAUUGAUGAGGAUGAGCAAAAUCCUGAUGAGCGUGUUGAUCAGCAUACCAGAGAUAAACAAAUUCAGAGGGAUGAUGAGUACUACGACGGUGAUAAUGACAAUGAUCACAACAUGGAAGAUGGCUUAUAGGAAUUUAUGUACUUGUAUGACUUGUUUGUAUCACGUCAAGGAGAUGGCACACUGUUUCAAUGUGAUAUCUCAAUGCAAGCAGCAGGUUCCAGGAUUUUACUUUUAAUGAAAGGUGGGUGGAUCGAGGAAAGAAGGGUAUGAAGUAAUUGAAGGAAAGGCUGCAGGCAUUUCCAUGUAAGGGCUGGGUUUGAUUGCAUAGAUUCAAUGUAAAAUCCCAUUUCUGGUUCUAUUUCCAGGAACGUUUUCCUCUUAAAUCCAAGGUUGUUCAGAUGAGUUGGCCUCCUCUGAUGAUUGUGGUGUUAAACUGAUGAAGACAAAAUUGUACAUGGAAUGGCAGGUACCAAGUAUCCCUCGUAGGGACAUUAUUGUAUGGCAGCCACUAUUCAUAUAAAGUUUGUAAAUUCUAUCGCUAGUUUAGCUGCUUCUCAAA